AUGAAUUAAUAAAAUUCAAUCCCAAAAAUUGAAACAAAGCUCAUUGGUGAUACAUUAAGGUAAUACCUAUUGUUAUUAUAGAUUUCUAAAAACAACUGCCUAAAGAAACAAUUACUUAAAGACUUUAGUCAAAUAAAAAGAAAAGUAAAAAAUAAUAGAUGAGAAAUAAUUAUUUCAAUAAAAAUAAUAAGUUCUUCAACAUAGUAAGAAGAAGUUUCUUUCACUUCUUAAAAGUAGAAAUACUGAACUAUCAUUCUUGAAAUUUAGACCUAUUCAAAAACCUUUAAAUUUAUUAAGAAUGUGUGCUGAAUUAAAAAUCUCAGACAGAAUUUCUAAAUCUGUUGAAAUAGAUGAAGUAAUUGAAUCUAAACGUUCUAGUAAAUCUAAUAGAACAAAGCAUAGUUCAUCAUAAAUAUUUGAUCAUUCAGUUCAUGUUCAAUAAUUCAAAGAUGAAAGCACACCUAAAUAAAGAGGAACCUUAUAAUUCCUUUCUUCAUAAUAAUUAAUUAAAACUACUAUUCCUCCUUAAAUUAAAGCAGAAAAAAAAUCAAAUCCCUCUUCUGUUGCUUAAUCACCUAGAUAAAAAAUUACAGUUAGAAAAUUACCUUUAAAUGAAUUAGAGUCAAAGCUUGAACAUCUAAAAUCUAAUUCUUAAGAUCCUAAUCUUUAAACUGGAAUUCUUUGUAGAGUUCCAAGUCAAAUGUAAACCAAAUAUUUGCUAAUAUUUUAGACUAAUUCGAAAUGGUAUACUUUUACCAACCUAGAAACACUAAAUGAAGAUAGUAAAACGUAAAGAAUGUUGGGAAGAUGAUAAUUCAUCAUUAGCUUCUCAUACAGAAUUGAAAUUAGAUUCAAUUUACAAUAAUUCAAAACAUCUAAAACAAGAUCAUAAAAAUUACGAACAUAAAAAAGUAGAGUAUUAAUAAGAAUCUAUAAAAUUAUUUUACAAGAAAAUUUAUUGUAAAAUAUGA